AUGAGAAUAGUAUUUAUAUCAUGUGCAGCACUUUUCGGUACUUUAUUCGUUGUUUUAACAGUUGUUGGCUUGAUCGGUAACUCAGUUGUCAUUGCUGCCAUUAGUUGUGAUAAGAAAAUGCGUCAUUCAGUGAUGAAUAUGUUAUUAUUUAAUUUGGCUAUAGCUGAUGCCUUAAAUCUUAUCAUAACCACUGUGGAAUGGUCACCAACAAUCGCACUUGGAAGAUUGGAAUGGAUUUUACCAGCCAUUUUAUGCCCUCUGGCCCGUUAUCUUGAGAUUAUCUUUUUAUUCGUUUCAAUUCUGACACAAAUAGUGGUUUGUGUUGAGAGAUAUGUCGCUAUAGUAUAUCCAAUGCAUGCCCGUCGCUUAUGCUCAAGGCAGAAUAUAUUUAUUUUAAUAGUACUUACUUGGUUAUUUGUCGUCCUUUUUGCUAUACCUUACGCUUUACUUCACCGGUUGACUCCAAAAUGUAUGCUUCUGCUCUGUAGGUACUUCAAACAGUCACUCUGUGUGAAUCCAUACGUGUCAACUUCAUUUUGGAGACGCUACAAAUGGCUUGAAUUUUUCUGCUUCUAUUUCAUUCCUUGUAUUUUUCAGCAAUAUGUAUCAAUUUUUGCAAAACUUGUAAAAUUAACAAAAAAACAAUGUAAUCUUUGCAUUACAGUAUCAACGUCAGAAGCUGUAGUACACCAUCAAACGGAAGCAUUACGAAUAAGACGAAACGUUGUAAAGAUGUUAGUUGGAUGCGUAUCAAUGUAUUUCAUAUGUUAUUCUCCAAUACAAACUAUUUUUCUAUCCAAGGCUUUGUUUGAUGUACAAGUUAGUACAACUUAUGAAUUCAUACUGCUAAUGGACGCCCUAGCAUUGAUGUGUAGUGCUUGUAAUCCAUUGCUAUAUGCAUUGUUUUCGAAGAAGUUUCGUGCUCGUAUAGCUAGGAUAUUAGUUUUAAGUUGUUCUUACAUUUGUUGUUAUAAUCGAAAUCGAAAGGCAGUAUCAACUUCUAGAUGA